AUGUCCCAGUCACUCGCCAAAGAAUGCAACGAACUCAAGGAGCGGUACGAUACUUGCUUUCUCAAAUGGUACAGUGAGAAAUAUCUUAGAGGCACUGGUACCGAACAGAAUAACGAAUGUUCCGAACUCUUCAAGCAGUACAGUUCUUGCCUGCAGGGAGCGUGGCAUCGACAAGCUGCUGGACGAGGCCCGGGAAGAACUCAAGGACAGCGACUCGACAUACAUGAGCAAGAAGAAAUAACUGACCUGCUGAGGGCUCUUUCUGAUUGGCUGCUCGCGAGUGAGCUAUCUGUCAUGCCAGAGGAUGAUGGCUUGAUGCGCGUGUUCUGGCCCACCGACCUUCCGCGAUCCGAUUGUAGGGGUGUCGUGGUCGGCUGGAGGAACUCAGCCUUGGAUGUUCUCGUGGUGGCAGUGUUGGAGGAGGUUGAGCCUCGACGUGUUGAAAGCGCGUUAAAGCUCGGUAACCUCCUCCGGAACGCCCCUCACCCAGUCAGCCGCAUCUACGAACAAUGCGGCAAAUCGUCCAUAAGCGUCUUGGGCGUCUCGAACACUCCAGACACCGUCGAGGUCGACUCAUCAUGGAUCCGGGUUACGAUACCGCCUAAGCAGCGGGUACCUUCUGUCACCUGUGCUCGAGCAUCCAGUAUUCAGAUCAUCCUCUUCGAACGGCCGCUGCCAGGACGAAUGCAGUACAUGUCACUAGAUCCGAUUGCCUUGGCACUGGGAGACAAGCACGAUGGAUUUAGGCAAGACUUCGCCGACAGUGGGGAGGAGGAUGACGAGAAGCGGGAGCGUUUGAACAAGGAAGCGAAGCGGAAGCUGGUCGAAAAGCUCAAGCAACAUUCGGUGGUAAAACGAAUCCCAUCGCCCAAGGAACGAGCGCUUCCGACUAUAAUCAACCAGAUCAACUGGGCAUGGGAGCUCGAAAAGCUACUACAGCAGAAUGUCUCACGCAUCGGCACCCGCCCCAAGAGGGCUUUGAGCGUGUCGGAAAGGGUGGUCGAGUCGGCAACAACAGCUAGGGACAUGAUCUUGGUAUGGCUUUGGGACAUGAUCACUAUUUACGUCUUGCCCGUCAUCAAGAAGUUGUUCGUACUUGGCUUGAUGGCUCACCGGGUGGUCGCCGAGAUGUUGUUACGCAUACUGGAGUGGCGACUUCGGCCCAGAUACGCAGCUUUGAAAGACAUUUCUGCCACGGCUCAGCAGGUCGAGAUUCGUCUUCAACAGUUUUGCUACUGGCCGAUGCAGUAUGUCACGCUUCGGUUGAGGAAGAACGACUGGGCGAGUGUGACCACGAGUCACCCAGACUACAUACGGUUUUACAACAGCCUCUGGCUUGUUGCUAAUGAUGUUAUCAUCGGUAUGGCGUUUGGUUCUUACAUCAUCGACAAUGCCGACUGGGUGGCCAACGAGAUUAGCCGCCUGCUCACCACCUAUACCGUCGAGGCAUUGCAGAGCAGCAUUUCCUGGCUUAUGGGCUGGCCGGCAGGCUUGAAGCUAAACACCGAGCUAGCGGCGUUCCUUGGAGACCUGUUCUUGUGGGUCAUUGAAUACUGGGCGAGCGGCAUCCGAUAUGAGCUUCGAGACACCCAAGACAUUGGCACCACCUGUAAUGAUAAUAAUCCUCUUCGGCAACACCCUUCGACCUCCGUGAUCGCUCUUCAUCCCAUCCCACUCGAUUUCAAGUCCAUGUUCUACCAAUACUUCCAAAUGGGCAACCGGAUUCGAAAGCACUACCUCUCGCCCCGCGUCGCCAUGUGUCUGCUGAUGGGCAAGUUCGUCCCGCCGCUGAACAGGAAGAACCUGUAUAGUCUGCAGUAUAGCAUGCUUCCCGCCAAGAGAGCCGGGGUGAUGGAGAUGUGGGAUGCUCUCAACUCGUUGCCGGCAUCCAAGAGGAAGUCGAUGCCUGUGCAGGUGCCCAUCUUGGCUAAUGGGAGGAACAGGUUUCCGAGCAAUUAUGGAGGGGGGAGGUCACGCAGUUAUGGAUAG